UUUUGGAGGGGGGGGGAACCACGCGAAUCAUCAGACACCAUGUGGGUCCACUUGAUUAUCCGUAUAUUAUUUAGUGAAAUUUGUGGAAAUUAUGAGGUGCACACACAAAUCCGGUGAUAAACCUCUCUGCCUCCUGAUUGGCUGAGCAGGUCACAUGGGCGCCUAACUUUAUUCAGUUGACAGCAAGUAGGAGGGCUCUCUGGAAGGAGAAAAAAAGACAACACGAGAAAAAUUAGUAUUUUCUACCUUCCGAAAUUAAUGGCCAUGAGUUCGUAUAUGGUGAACUCUAAGUAUGUGGACCCCAAAUUCCCCCCUUGCGAGGAAUAUCUGCAGAACAGCUACCUUGCUGAGCAAAGCGCAGACUAUUACGGUGCCUCGCAAGGCUCUGACUUCCAGCACCAGGGAAUCUAUCCACGGUCAAACUACAGCGAGCAGCCCUACGGUUGUAGCAAUGCCCAGGGCUCGGCAGUGCAGCCGCGGGGUCACGGGCAGGAGCAAUCCGGCCCAGCGAACCACUUCCCCGGGCAGGCUGAGCACUGUCCCCCGCCUCCAAUGCCCGCCACGAGGACCUGCAACCAGCAGCCCAGCCUCAAAAGCCCCAACGGGUCAUCGCCACCAACAGCAGCAGGAGCAAUGAAGCAGCCAGCGGUGGUUUACCCUUGGAUGAAGAAAGUCCACGUUAACUCAGUGAAUCCUAAUUACACCGGAGGAGAACCGAAGCGCUCCAGGACAGCCUACACGAGGCAGCAAGUCCUCGAACUGGAGAAGGAAUUCCACUUCAACCGGUACCUGACUCGGCGCCGGCGGAUCGAAAUCGCCCACACGUUGUGUCUCUCCGAACGCCAGAUCAAGAUCUGGUUCCAGAACAGGAGGAUGAAGUGGAAAAAAGACCACAAACUGCCCAACACCAAGGGCCGGUCCUCUAGCUCUUCCUCGGCCCCCAGCCAACACUCACAGACUGUCUCCAAGGAGCAUCAGACUGACUUGACGACUUUGUAGGGAACUUGGAAGAUGGUCCGUUUCAGACCCGGUUGAAUCGGAACUGAACUGUCCAGGAUACACAAACAAACAAAUAUACAAACAAGCACCCAAACAAACGCACAUGCCGGCUAAGCAGAAACCUGCACGUAGCAGCCAACAACUCCCAAAUUGUCCUCAUCCUGCUUUAAGGUACUGAAGACAAACCCAACGAUAUUAUGGACUUCGUAGGAAUAAUGCAAAACAGCACAACCAUUCACACUCAAACAAACUCUGCAUCCAGGUGGUGAGAAAGUGAUAAUUAUAAAUAUAAAUAUAUAUAUGUAUAGGCUACAGAA